AUGAAACCAAAAGGCCUUCUGGCUGUGUUCCAGAAGCAUCUGCAAAGAGAGGUAUUUUCCACCCCAGAAUACAAAGUCAUCCAAGAAUGCAUAGACCAAUUUCAGAACACUGUAGCGCACAGAUAUAUUCUUGCACCUAUUCUAGGCCAAGUAGCCCAGCUUACUUUACAAACUGCAAAAACGACAGCCAGAAUUGUUACAGUUGCAGAUAUUCUGGCAGAAGCAAUAGGCACGUCCAUGGUGGAUGCAAUUGACAAAACAAUUAGCAUCCCACUGGAUAUAAUGGAAUAUGCAAUCCAUACGCCAAUAGUAUGUGCAGGCCGGGUUUUGGGUUAUCCUGGCGUGCCGUAUAAAAGACACAUUGAUAUACGAAAAAACAACCAGGCACUCAAUUCUCUGCCAGAGACGAAGAAACAAGUUAAAGACCUAAUUGUUGCUGUUCUUGAGGGAAUUAAAUAUGACGAUAUUCUGCAGGAAUAUUCGCCGUAUGCAUGGAGGAAUAUUCGGGUUGCGUAUACUCCCGGGGGGCUAUUGGAUGUAACUCGAAUAGAAUACAGCCCAAAUAAGAAAGAAGUGCAAUUUAAUGCAGAUAUGUACAAUGAAGCAGAAGACAAAAUAGUUAGAAAGAAAAGUAAGUGGAGCAUAAAGGAGAGUGCCCCAGAGGGUGUCACUGUGCACAAAGUAGAAGUGGCUGAUAUUUUAUAG